UGGAGAAGGCAAACAGUUCCAAUCCCCCCGUUCUAUAUAAACAGACCCAUACAGUUGAUCAUCACUUCUCUCGUGUAUCCAUUUCUACUUCCAAAUUUUUUCUCUCUCCAUUUUCAUUUUCCUUCGCUUUCUCUCUCUUAGGGUUAGGGUUUUGUUAUACAAAAAAAAUCGGUGAAAUGGCACAAGACGGUCAGAAUGGAGCUGCUACAGCUGUGGUUUUCUCUGCGUUUAAGCCUCAAGUUCUCGUUCAAGCUCCUAAGGCUGUUGAUGCUGUUCAGUUUUACAAGAGUGCUUUCGGUGCUGAGGAAGUUGGCCGUGAAGUACACCCUAAGAGGAAAGCUGAUCAGGAAUUACCUCAAGUGAUUUCGGCUGAUCUUAAGCUUGGUUCUUCAGUCUUCUCUGUCUCUGACCUUCCUUCUGAUGCCGCUGAGGUGAAAUCUGAAGGAUCUGGUAUUGCGUUCUGUCUGGAAACUGAAGACGUUAGUGGUGCAAUUUCCAAAGCUGUUGCUGCUGGAGCUGUAGCCGAAGGCGAUGUGACCAAGGAUGAAGUUACCGGGACUGUGGGAAAAGUCAAGGACCCUUACGGUUAUCUCUGGGUGAUUUCUUCCCCUGCUGUUGUCAAACCUGCUGAAUCUGAAGCUUAAAUCACCGUGGAUUCUUUUCACCGCUGAUUAAGUUGUUAAUCCAUUUCUAAUGACUAUUUUGUAGUACUUGAUAGUAGUAUUAGUAGUAAAUGCUAAUUUAAGAAAGCAGUAAAUGAUGAACAGUACUGGAAGAUGAUGGCUCGGUUGCGUCUUUAAUGCUAUUUUGAAUUUUGAAAUCGUUAUUUUCUGGAGGUUAAAAUUGAGAAGUUAUCUUUACCGGCAUUUGACGGUAGACCUUUUUUUAAUGGAGUACUCUUAAUAGUUAAUUACCGGUUACUUUUCUGUCCGUACUUUGUUUUGUGUUCUGUUACAGCCAGUUGGCUGUUGCUUAACUUUUUAAAUGGUUAAUUGUCUGUUGAUUCCCCGUUCGACACUCCUUUAUUAAUGUAUAGGAGUAUUAAUUAAAAAUGAAUAAAGUUGCAUAGUUUAUGGUUCUGGUAGUUAUUUAGUUUCAUUUUGGAUGGAUAAGUGUUGGAAUUAGCGAAGGAAAUUUGUAAGGGAUCAAAGCUUCGGUGACUGGAAAAGUUUUAGGGGGGACCGAGUUCUAUAUUAAUUUUAAUUAAGUAAUUAGU